UUGGGUAAUGAAGGAAAUGGAGGAUAGGGUAAUGCCCAAAUUGAGAAACUGCGAUAGCUUCGACGAACUGAGGCGAAUCCAUGCUUACAUCGUGGUCUCCUCCCUCUCCCAAAGCAGCUACCUGUCGACCCAAAUCGUCAACAUCUGCAACGCCAAUAGAAGGAUCGACCACGCCGCCCUAGUAUUCACCCAAAUAGAAGAGCCCAACGUGUUCCUCUACAACGCCAUGAUCAAAGCCUACACCCAAAACGAUCGCCAUCGCGAAGCAAUCGCCACGUACAUCCAAAUGCUGCGGCGCUCACGCGACCAAGAUCCAAUUUUUACCGACCGGUUCACCUACCCCUUCGUUCUCAAAGCCUCCGGAGGCCUCCUCGACCUGGAUCUCGGGAACCAAGUUCACGCCAACGUGAUCAAAUCCGGGCUGAGCCCCAACUCCGUAAUCCAAAACUCUCUCAUCGAGACGUACACCAAAUGCGACGCGCUACCGCUCGCGCACAAGGUGUUCGACGAAAUGCGCGAGCGAGACGUGGUCUCGUGGAACACGCUGGUCUCAGCCUACGCGCGCCUAGGGCAGAUGAAAAGGGCGAGAGCUUUGUUCACUUCCAUGCCGAACAAAACGGUGGUCUCGUGGACGGCGCUGAUCUCCGGGUACGCCAACAUCGGCCGCUACGCGGAGGCCGUGGACGCGUUCCGGGAGAUGCAAAUGGAAGGGGUGGUCGCCGACAAGAUCAGCGUGGUGUCUGUGCUGCCCGCGUGCGCCCAACUGGGCGCGCUGGAGCUCGGGAAGUGGAUCCACGCCUACGCGGACAAGCGCGGGCUCCUGCGCAGCACCGUCGUGUGCAACGCGCUCAUCGAGAUGUACACCAAGUGCGGCGGCGUCGACCUCGCGCUCCGGGUGUUCGACGAAACGCCCCAGAGAGACGUGGUCACGUGGAGCGCCAUGAUCGCGGGGCUCGCCGCGCACGGCAGGGCCCGCGGCGCGAUCGCGAUGUUCGCGGAGAUGGAGCGGGAGGGGUCCGCGCGGCCCAACGCGGUCACCUUCCUCGCGCUUCUGUGCGCCUGCUCGCACGCGGGGAUGCUCGACGAAGCCCUCGGAUUCUUCGACGCGAUGCAGAGCAAGUACGAUAUAAUUCCCGGCGUGGAGCACUACGGGUGUUUGGUGGACAUCCUCGGCAGGUUGGGGAGGAUCGAGCACGCGCGGAAGGUGAUCGACGAAAUGCCCGUGAGACCCGACGCGCGCGUGUGGGGCGCGCUGCUGAGCGCGUGCAGGACGCGUGGCGACAUCCCAGCGGCGGUGACGGCGAUCGAGCGGCUGGUGGAGCUGGAGCCCGGGGACGGGGGCAAUUACGUAAUUUUGUCGAACACGUACGCGGCGGCGCGGAGGUGGGAUGACGUGGCGCGCACGCGGCGGGAGAUGCGGCGCCGGGGCGUGGGGAAGCGCGUCCCCGGGUGCAGCGCGAUCGAGGUGGGCGACGAGGUCAGGGAGUUCGUGGCAGGAGGGGAUUGGUCGGAUCCGGUGUUUGGUGUUAUGGGCGGUGUAUUGGAUCAUUUGGCAAGGGUGAGUGAGGAGGAUGAUGAUUGGAUUGUGGAAUUAACGGUGGCUGAACAAGGAUCGUGUUAAUGAAUUCAUAAA